AAAUCUUGAAGGAAUUUAAAUCGAUUGGAAAGAAGAUUAUCGCUGAAAAGAGGGAUGGUUUGCCCAAGUCGGAUUUGCAGUCAACUUUUUAUUUUGUUGAUUGGAUUGAAUACCAAUUGCUGUAACAGUGCUGCGGUAGUUAAGCCAGUGUAUUUUGGGGAAAAAUGGUUAAAAGACAUAAUCUUUUAUCCUGGUCGGCGCACGUGGUUAGAAGCAAGGGACGUCUGCUGGAGUUUAGGAGGAAUCGCUAUUGCCCCAUCAUGGAAGAAAUUGAUUUGGUACAUCAGAACAAGAGCCAUACGAGAGAAUUGGCCUCCAUCUGAGAACCUCUGGUUGGGACAGUAUAAGGUCAGCAAUUCCUCUGCUUGGUUUAUGGACAAAAAAAACUGUGAAGAAAAAACAAACAAUUUUCCGGGACAUUUGGUCAGCGAGGAGCAGUGUGCUGUUAUUAAUAUGUCAAUGGCGUCUCACAAUGACCCUUUCAUGAUGUAUGCAUCUCCCUGCAAUCUAAGCUAUGCCUUUGCCUGUUCUUUCUACCUUGACAAAAAUAUACCCAAAGGGGUUGGUGUUUACUUGAACACAGAGAUGGUGGAAUCUGGAGAUUUUAAAGUUAAAUACGACUCAGUUUUCAACGAAACGGAAUGUGCUGCUUUAUCCUUUAAUGUUAGCAGUACCUUUCAGUGUUAUGCUUCAACGUUUGAUCCAGAAAAUGGAUCGUGUCAGGCAGAAUGUGCUGAGUUUACAAACAUUCCAGACAAUGUCACCCUUGUUCAAUCAUCCUUCAAUAAGACUGUGCUGCUGCGACCAUCGCAUCGAGUGUUUGUAAACUCGACUACUCCAACUGGGUCGGGUAGUUUUCAAUUUUACCCCUCGUGCACGACAGACACAACGACUGCUAGUGACGUCACGACAACGGAGGACCAAUCAACUGCCUUGUGUUCUUGUUUUUGUGCUACGUCAGUGAAUAUGACAGAGGAAACGUUAGCAGUGGUAGUGAAUGAUAUAAAGCGCAAACUUGCGGUCAACGUCACGUCUUUAUCCGCAUCAGUGCGGCGUAAAACGUCGGCUGCGGAUGCUAGAACGUCGUCUAAGGCGAUGGGAGCUUUAGGUCUUGGUAUAAUUACUUCGGUUUUACUUGCAAUGAUUCUAAGUGACCUAAGUCACUUUAUCCAAUUUUUCAACACUGUGUUUUCGAAAUUACACUGAAUAAA